AUGUAUUAGGACUAAAUAUCCUUGGCUGACUUCGUGUUAUAGGAAGCAAGAGAAAAAUGCUUUGAGAUUGAAGUUAAGGCAUUUAAGCAAUUUGAGAAGGAGAAGAAGCAGAUUGUUGAGAGAGAGAAAUCUAAUAUUUAAGAAGAAAUCAAUACAAAAUAUAAGAAGAAAGCACAAUAAGAGAGAAUCAAGCACAGUGCACUUGUCAAUGGGGCUAGAAUGAGAUUGAUGAAUGCCAGAAAUUAAGCUUUAAUGAAGAUCUACUCUGAUUCCUAAUACUAAAUAUAUAAAAUGAUCAGAUAGGAUGAGCGAUUUUAUGAGGAAUUACUCAAAAAUUUAAUUGUGCAAGGUCUAAUCAAAUUGUUUGAGCACGAAGUUGUAGUUAGAUGCCUCCAUCGAGAUAUCAGACAUGUAAAGAAUGUGAUCGAUGAUGCCAUAGCUGAAUUUUAGGAUAUCCUAAGAAAAGAAUUGAAUGGCCUUGAAUUUGAAGUCAAAAUAGAAGUUGAUGAAGAUAAAUGUUUGGACGAAAGAACUCUCAUUGACAACUCAAUAAAAGGAGUUCAAGAUUACUCAUUAUAGGAAUCUGCCUCGGAGGUCAUUUCCAAAACAGAAAAUGAUAAGAAAUGCUUCGGGGGAAUCCUUUUAACCAAUAAAGAGGGUCUGAUCGUUUGCAAAAAUACACUAGAUGUUAGAACUGAGCAAACCUUUUAAGACUCAUUACCAAUAAUUAGAAGUACAUUAUUUGGAAAGUGAUAAGAUUGUUUAUCACAUUAUAGAUUAACAAUUAAUAAUCUAAAACAC